CCCGAAGUAAACAAACAUCGCUUGCCUCAACGUGUAACUUUGACAGAAGGAAAUUUUACUGUUAGGGAACACAGGAUAUCUAAUGCUUGCUUGAUUUUUUGUAAAGAAAUUUAAUUUUUGAUAAUAUGUUUAAUAUAACAACACUACUACAAGCUGCUGAAUAUCUAGAAAGACGUGAAAGAGAGGCAGAGCAUGGCUAUGCAUCCACAGCUCCUAUGCCAGAUUAUGUGAGCAAAAAGAAAAUCAAACCAAAGAAAUCUCAGGGUAAUAGAUCUACACACAAUGAGCUAGAGAAAAACAGACGAGCACAUUUAAGAUCAUCUUUAGAAACAUUAAAAGAUUUAGUCCCUUUGGGAAAUGAUCACACACGCCAUACAACAUUAGGACUUUUAACAAAUGCCAAAGGAUUUAUCAGGAACCUAGAAGAUAAAGAAAAAAAGUAUAAUCAACAGAAGGAUCAGUUGAAAAGAGAACACCGAUUUUUGCAGCGUCGUUUAGAAAGUUUAAUGGAAGGCCAGUACAGAGUUCGACAGGAACGAAGUAUCAGCGAAUGUAGUACGGCAACUAGCUCUACCUCCUCAACAUCUGAGUCAGAUGAAAUCGACAUACUUGGUUAUGGGAGUGGUCAAAGUGAUACAGACGACCACAGCAGCAUUGAAAGUGGCAGCGACGGCUAUACAGGAGCCGCUAAACGUCUAGUUUUAAAUUCUUCCUCCCUGGAUUCCCUGUGAGGAUGGUAGUAACCUGUCUUCAGAGACAGGUCCUGUAUGUUUGGAUAUAUAUAUAUGAUGAAUGAUGAUAUUAUCAGAUCUGUUAGCACAGACAGUUAGAUUUUUAUUAUUUAUUUGAUUGUAUGAAGAUGUGUAAAUCUCUUUUUUGUUAAAUUUUGAUGUUGUAUUGUGAUGACCUGAGAGAUUGGAAAUGAUGAAUUAAUGUGCAUGACCAAGGCAGAUAACUAUUAAAGACUUUAUGUAUUUCUUGCCCUAAUAUUUUGUUGAAUCACUCUAAUCGUGUAGUAUUAUAACUUUAUAUGACAACAGGCAAUAAAAAAAGUGCUUGGUAAAUGUAAUGAUUAUUUUAGAAAGUUAUCUCCCUUGGUCAUGUUGAUCAUAACUGUCUUUAAGUGUAGAGGGUCAAAACUUAUCUGAUCUCAGUGUAGCCUCCCUGGUGAUAGGACGAGGCAGACCCAAAAUGUACAAAAUAAUAUGGUGCAAUAGUAUACCUCCCAGCAAAUGGUAUACUUGAGUGACUGACCCUUGUACCCACCUUUUGUCACAUGACCUGGAGUUGGUAGAACUAAACACCAUUGAAAGGUUUUGUAAGGUGUUAGGCAGCAAUUUUCCAAAAAAAAAAACAAAAGACAAUUCUAUACAGUAUCUUUAUUGUGACAUGUCUGUAUAUAUAUUUAUUUAUCUUAUUUAUUGUUUUAUCUUCCAGUAAGUUAUUUUAUUGUUGAAAUUUUUAGUAAUAGUUGGAGCAUCAACUAAAAUUUCGAAGUGUAAAUUUGUCUUUUUUUUUUAAAGCAGAGGUUGAUGCUUCUAGCUAAUUGAACAAAUUUGUUUUGGUUUUAAAAAAAUACAACUUUAAGCUGAUAGCUGUGAUAUCCUCUCUACUUAACCUUUGUUUAUUGAAUUUAAUGCUCCACAUGAAAUACUUUUUCAUUUAAAUCUUAGUUGGAACCUAUUAGAUGGAUUUGUAUAUAGUAUUUUAUUUCCAAAGACGCAAAUAGAUUGUAAGUAGGCAUUCCAGCAGUGGUCUAUGUCUUCAAGAAAUGUUUUAUUUCUGUUUACCAUUGACACAAUAGGGUAGAAUCACAAUUACCCGGUGAUGUGAUUAUUAUUGUUGUUUUAGAUGAUUUUGUUAUUGAAAUCUCAAAUGGGGGAAAUGAUGUUAUGAAAGUUGGUAAAAAUGGGGGUUAUUUAUUCCAAAACUAGAAAAAAGAGUUGAUUGUAAGAUUUCUUUGAAGAAGCUAAUUUUUGCUAACGUUAUUCCAUUAUUGAAAUUUUUCACAGUUAUGAAAUAUGAUUAAUAAUAAUUUCAGUUAUACAUGUAUAAUAUAUUUUACAAAGUGCAAAUUAAGAAUAGUAAAGUAAUGAAAACCAUUUUCUCCUUAAAUGGUCAUUCAUAUUUUAGUAAUUUAAAUUUUUUUUUAAUUAUUUUUAAUUAUUUUAAACUUAAUAAAUGUUUAGAAUAAGUACUUUUUUCUUCAUUGUCCACUGACAAUACUCAGUAUGAAAAAAUGGGGGUCUUUCUUUUUCUUUACUUCUACAUGUUCACUUUGAAUCCAAAAAUAAUAUUAUGGUGCCAAACAUACAUUUUGCAAAAAAAACUGCUUAAAAGGAGAAAAGAAAUAUAUAAAUGGACAAAUUGUUGAUCUGAUGUACUAAUCAUAAAUGAUCGCAGAAAUGUAUGAUGAAAAUGUAAGUUGAAUUGUUCAAUCAAAAUAUCAAAAUUUGUCUGAUCGUUAAUGUUCUACAAUUGAUGUCAUUUGGGAAGACAAAAUACCAGAAACAAUACUAUAAUGACAAAAAAAAUACUCUCUGCAAGAUUGUAUUUCCAGAAAGGGAAAAAGUGCUAAAAUUGUAACUUACGCAUAAUACAAGCUAUAAGUGUGCAUGUUUAAAGGUGGAAUAGAUAUAAGAUGCCAUGUAUCUAAAUUGCAUAUUUGAGCAUUAUUUACAAAUGUGACCGAAUAUGUCAAUGGAGUUUUUAGUAACAUCUAUUCUAUGGGUUUAUAUGUUUGACACACAGAAAAGUUUGUACUUUCAAAAUUUCAUACACCAGCAUCAAAAGUGUGUAAGUGACAAUUGUGUAAUGUGAUUAUGCAAAUGUAAAAUGACGGCAGUCCCAAAUCAACAUUCAUUUUGCAAGAAAUAAUACCUGUGAAGAAUCAUUAGACCAUCGCAAGUGAAAUGUGUUAAAACACAUGGAUACUGUAUGAAUUUUCCAUUGUUUAAUUGUACUAAAUAAUUAUAAAUGUGCAUGUGUUAGUUUAGAGAGUAAUAUAAGUGUUAAAUGUUGGUACAAAUGGCAAUGUCAUCAGUUGUUUUAUUUUUCUCAUCAGAGAAUUAAAAGUCUAUUAAAUUUUUAUUUAUAAAAAAAUACAA